UCUGGCAUCAAGGCCCCCCUACAACCACCCCCCACCAUCUCCACCCCUCAAAAUCCACCCACUUCAAGAGGAGCAGAGCCAAAACGCGCAACACACCUCCCAUCCCCACCCCAUCACCCGGCCUCGAGUGGCCAUGCCCCGCCUCUCCGCCUCCCGCCGCCACUUGGCCCACCGCCCCCGCGAACCCCCCUCCCCCCUCUCCUCAGAGGAGCAAUCGAAGCUGGCCGCUAAGCGCGCCCUUCACCGCGCGCUCAAGGCCGUCCGCGAAUCCCUAAUUCGCAGCAACAACGGCCCCGAUUCCGAUUCCGAUUCCGAUUCUGAUGAAAUCGAAAGCAGCGACGACGACGACGGUGAACCGAUUGAUGGGAAUUGCGGCCGCGAGGGGUAUAGUGUGUUCAGUGAAGUGUUGGAGGAUGCCGCAUUGAAGGAGUAUUACGCGAAGAAUUUCGUUUUGGGGGAGUUUAGCUGCCUGGUUUGUGGAGCUGUGGGUGGGAGGAAUUCGGGGAAGAAGUUCAAGGGCUGCUUGCCUCUGCUGCAGCAUUCCAUCUCCAUUGAGAAGACCAAGAGGAGGGGCGCGCAUAGGGCGUUUGCUCAGGCUGUUUGUGAGGUUCUUGGCUGGGACAUUCAUCGGUUAUCGGAGAUUGGCUCAAAGCUGAGUGAGAAAUCCGGCGAUCUGCAGCAGGGGAAUUGUGAUGGUGAGAAGGUGGAGAGCUCGGUGGCUUUGGCUCACAAUGCUGAUUCUGUAAACGAUGAUGCUUCAGAUGGUAAAGAUAUUGGUGUCGUGGAUACGCUGCUCGACACUGAGGAGCCUGCAUUGGAUGGGUUGACAAGUGGCAAUGGCGAUGGUGCCAAGGUGGAGAGCUCAGUGGCUUUGGCUCACAGUGUUGAUUCUGUAAAGGAUGAUGCUUUAGAUGGUAAAGAUGGCGAAGCAGAACCGGCAUCUAAUGCUGGUGAGGAUAUUGGUUCCGUGCAUACUCUGCCCGGCACUGAGGAGCCUUCAUCGGAUGGGUUGACAAGCUGCUUUUCGGCAUGUCAUGAUGUUGCUGCUCCCACUGUCUCCCCGCCCGCUGCUGUCCCCGUGGUCAACCAGCCUUCCGAAGCUGAAUGGCCGGGUGCUGGUCCCCCGCCUUGCUAAGACGAAGAAGAGGAAACCCCACAUAGCCUUCGCGAGAGUUGCGUGUGAGGUUCUUGGUUGGGACAUUGUUCCCUCAAAUACAUUGCAUCUGUGCUGACUGCUGAGUGACAAGACUGGUAAGAUGACUUUCUUUGUGCAGAGAUCUUUGGUGCAUUUUCCACAAUCUGAUUAGAUAGGAUGUGAAUUUGAGGUGUUCAUGUCACAAAUAGAAUCUUAUGGGAUGUAAAUUUUUUGAGGCAAGACUUGUUUUUAUGUCACAAAUUGAAACUAAUGUGAUGUAAAUUUGAGGAAGUUGUUUGGUUAA